AGCUAAUUCAGGUUCGUGUCCUUUUGUUUGCGGCCCAAGGAUUCAUCCUUUUUGCGAUUUGUGGUUUCCAACACCUGAUUGUGAGCGCGAUGGAAUCCAAUUUGAACAAAGUGUUAAGCAUGAAUCGUCAACAACUUAGCGGACAACUUUACAAGUACACGAAUGUGGUGAAAGGCUGGCAGUAUCGCUGGUUUAGCGUAGAUGCACAGGAAGGUUUGCUGAGCUACUAUCUGUGUGAGCCAACAGGGGACGAAUCGAUUCCACAACCGGUAGGCAACGCCCCACGGGGACAAGUGCACCUUGCCGGAGCAGUGAUUUGCCCCAGUGAUGAAGAUUCCAAGACAUUCACCGUCAACUGCGCUUCCGGCGAUAUGAUGAAACUGCGAGCCGGUGAUGCACGUGCCCGCCAGGAAUGGGUUGAUGGAUUGCGUGCCGUUGUCGAAAGCCAUUCCAACUCAACCGGCACCGCGUUACCGCCACGGGAACAGCUUGCUGCCCAUGAUGCAUUCGGUGCGGCUCGCCAGCAGUUGCAGCAGACGGAACUAAGCAAUGCAGCGCUGGCACGAGCCAUCGAAAAUCUAACCGACCCCGUGUCGCCAACAGAUCCGGAUCUUUUGAUGCUCAAAGCACUGUCCGCCGCCAGUACCCACUGUUUACUGCAGUGUCUCGGACUACUUCAAAGGCAUCAGGAGUUUGGGCCAGAUUCAAGGGUAGAACAAAGCUUCUAGCCUCAUCGUCCUGUGGCACGUGACGGGUACAAUCGCAACUCUUGUUAGCGACGCCACGUGCAAGCGGUAAUUUAUCAUUCAAAUCGCUGCGACCCUCAGUCUAUUCGCUCUGCUGGAAAUCGUGGGAUUUUUGUUAAACAUCUAGAAUAUUAUAAAACCA